AUGAUCCAUCGGAGAAUUCGGAAGACAUUUUCCGCAAGACCAGGCACGGGCAAGACCACACUACUGAAGCACUGGCUGGAGAAGGCCGAAGGAAGGAUCGGCGUGAUCGUCAAUGACGUCGCCGCCGUAAACAUCGACUCAAAGCUCGUGAAGGAGCAGAAAACCAGCGCUGCUGGCAAGGUCGAGACCGUCGAGCUGCAGAACGGCUGCGCCUGCUGCUCCCUCGGCGACGAGCUCGUCCUUGCGGUGUCCCGCAUGAUGCGGCUGGCCGAUGCAGGCGGCUCGCCCUUCGACUACAUUAUCGUCGAGCUCAGCGGCGUGGCGGAGCCCCAGCGGGUGGAGGACAUGUUCAAGGACCCAGCUAUGGCGGGGCUCCUGCAGGGCUGCCAACUCUCCAAGGUAGUGACCGUGGUGGACUCCUCCACCUUCUGCCAGAACUACAUGGACUACCAGGUAAUGCUGGAGAGGCCCGACCUGGUGGACGUCGGCGGCAACGAGCUGGAGCUGGCGGGCCUGAAGGUGGUGGAGCUGCUCGUGGAGCAGAUCGAGGCGGCCGACGCGGUCGUCUUGAACAAGACGGACCUCGCGGCCGCGGGCGACCUCGCGGCCACGCGGGAGGUGGUCUCGGCCCUCCGGGACGUCCCGCUGUUCGAGACCUCCUUCGGCAAGCUGGGCCUCGCGGAGGUGGUCUCCGCGCCUGCGGCGGCCGCCCCAGCCGAGGCGGCGGGCGACUUCCACGGCCACGGGGGCCACGCGCACCACGCGGUGGAGGGCCACGCGGACGGCGGCCACGCGCACGGGAAGGGCCACGACAGCCACGCUCAUGGUCGGACUUUCGCAGGCUGCGCCUCCCAGCUUCCGGCCGCCGCCGAUAAGGAGAGAGUAGGGUUGCUCAAGAACUUCGAUGGAUUCCGCAGGAUGUCCCUACACGCCUCAACCAUGUCCCAAGGAUUCCUGCAGAUUCUGGGCUACAACAAGCACUUCGUCGAGGCCUGGUCCACCUUCUCCGAGUGGUCGAACGACGAGCAGUGCAGCAGGCUCUUCCAGCAGCAGCGCAUGCGCUGCAGGGGCAGGCCCCUCCAGCUGGCGCAGGAGAAGGCGCCUCCAGAGAAGGCGCCGAGGCAGCCGAGGCAGCCCAGGUCUGCAGAUCAGGUCCUGAUGAAGUCAGCGAAGGAGAAUUUUGACAAGCUGAUGAAGCUUACGGGGAGGGCUGAUACCACAGAGCAGAUGGUGAAGGACAACCUCGACCACUGGGGAUGGGCUGCUGAGGACGGCGACUUCAAGGAACUCCAGCAGCAGGUCAACGUGCUCAACGAGAAGAAGCUCAGCAAGACCCUGGCCCUCGCGACGCGCCUGCAGGACAUCGCGAAAGUGAAGAAGGAGUUGGAGGCCACUGACUUUCAGGACUUGCUCGUCACGCUGUCUGGCUUGUCCUCGUCCCUGAAGUCAGUGGGGAGCCUCUUGGAUGCGCUCGAGGACAUGCACGCUCUGAAGACGAGGAGGCGCUUGGGCUUGUCGGGCGAGGCCAAGCCCAAGCCGAAGGGCAAGGGCAAGGCCGUUGCGCGCGCGCUCGGGAUUCACGCCCACCCGUCAGAUAAUCACGCGGACGGCUGCUCCAUGCUCUUGCAGGGCCCGUCGCAGUGGCUAGCCGCCAUGCAGAUGGUCGGGCGCCCCGCCCCAGGCCCCCCGCCGGCCCGCGGGCCUCCAUUCACCGUGCUGGACAUGGUGGAGGCUAUGCGACCACGGCCUUCAGGCUCCGCGGCUUUCUUUCGGCAGUUGGACAGGGCCGUGCGCAGGCAGAUCACUGGAGGGCGCCCCGGCGACGCCGCUGCCCUGGUCCCGGUGCAGCCCGCGCAGCUUGUGCAGCCCGCGCAGCCCGUCGUGCGCGCGGGCUGCGCGGUCGCCCCGCGUGGAGUGGUGACCCGCGACAUGGUUGUUGCUCGGAUGAACAAUUGCAGCCGAGAUCAGCUGCUGGACGCGAUCGUGCGCCUCACGAACCAGAACCACGGGCAUCGGGCCAACGCUCGGGCUGCUGCCAAGCAGCGCAGGAAAGAUGCUGCCACCAUUGCUCGGCAAAAGGACGCUAUCGAGCUACAGACCGCGAAGCUCCGUUCUUUCGCUCUCGUCCGGGAGUUCAAGAGGACAAAAGUUUCUGAUGAGGAGCGCGUCAGGUUCUACCUGACAACAGAAGGUCGGUACCGAUUGGGCAUCAAGAGGAACUUCGGCUUCGCAUCGGCGUCUACAACUCGACAGAUGCUGGAGGGGGGGCCAGGGGUGGUGGAGGGCGGGCCCAUUCCCUCGCCCCUCAGUCGCGCGGUGACGGAUUGGCUGCCAACUGUUUCCGCGUCAUGCCUGGAGGAAGUGCCCGCGUCCGUCCGCGCAGUGUGCGAGAGCGAGCACUUGUCCAGAGCGUACUAUUUCGCGAGAGCGAAGAAGUGGUACGAGUUUGCAUACCUUCAGCUCGAUGACUUCUGCGAGGCCCUCUCGUCCGGAGUUCUCCAGCUAGCAGAAGAGAAUCCUAUCAUUUCCUGGGGCGCGCAUUCUAUGCGCGGCGAUGCUGCGCGCUCGUCGGAUUGGAAGUCUAGAACGCUUUUCUGUUCAGAUGUCUGGUCUGCAUUUUGCAUUCCUGUUACGCUUGCUGAUGGUUCUCCUGGCUUCGACGCCAGAGCCAAUUUCUGCCACCCCGACAUGGCGUGGGUUCCGAGAUCCUCCACUGGAUUAGCGCUCAUGAAGAUGCGGGAGGGGAAGCUGGAGCAUGCGGGCACUUGCACGUGGCGUUCGUUUCUGAACGUGCGCCUGCAGAUGCAGCAGCUGGGCCCCGAUGAGCUACCUCCAGCAGAGGCCCUCGGAGACACGAUGAUCGGGAUGUCUGUCCAGCAAGCAGGCGAGCUCUGGAAACACAUCACGAUAUUUAUCGGCGGGACAGACAAGGGUCCAGAUUGUUGCGGAAUGGGGAGGCAUCUGAGACAUGACCUGGCAGAGCUCCUCUGGGUGUGGUGGAUUCAAACAUAUUGCUGGAUUCACCAAUUACACCUCAUCGCCAAAGACCAGCUCAAACGCAUGACUGGUUAUUAUAGCCGCAUCGCGAAAAUGGCGAACAGCCGGCGCUCCCCGGGCAAGGCCCCCCUUGUCUAUCUUACGUGGAAGAACAUGUUCGGGGGAGAGCGCGCCCGCCAUGCGGCGGGCCGCUUGCCGCCGCGGCCGCUGGUGGGGAGGUUCGGGGCAAUUUACAAGACUGGCGAGCACUUCUUGCGAUGUGGCAUGCGGGAAACCCAAGAGGUGUACAAGCGAGUGUUUGCCCCGAGGGAGUUUCACGAGUCAGAUAUCCAGGAGGAUCCAGACGGCGAGAGUUGGGCGGCCAAGAUGGGCAGGUGGGAGGCAGACGCAGUAGCUGCGACACAUUGCGUGCGGCAUUGGAUCGACAUGUAUGUGCUGCAUAUUCCGGGGCAGCCCGUUAUCCGCAUGUUGCAUUGGCUGGAGAAGCGCGGCGCGUUCCUUCGCGCAGACAGGGAUAAGACGUUCCAGUUCCACAGUGGGUCAACGGCACAGGUCGCCGUGAACUUUUACCGGAGGUUCGCGCUAGAGCUGAAGCUGUUCCCGUACACCUUGCUAUGGAUGGCGUUUAAACCUGCGGGCGAGGAGUGCCAGCGGCGAGUUCAUUGCGCCCAGUCGCUUCUCGGCCGCCUCGGCGAUCCAGAGAUGGAGGGCACUACAGAGUGGAAGAUUGCGAAGUGCUCGGAGUGCGAACUCAGGGCGGUGGCGCGCCGCGGGGUCAUCGACGCUCAGGCGUGGCGGCUCUUUCUGGCACUGUCCCACAUGAUCAGUUCGGACACGCAGGAAAUUGAAGGAAUGAAUGGGAUCGUCAAAUCAGUUUUAUCGAUGGCGCCGAAUGCCGGGCUCGAAUUACUGUCUACCAGGACUUUGCUCAAGAAAUCGCUAGCCACAAUGUCGCGAUCACCCGCCGGGCUCGACAAUGCGAUCAAGGACUGCGUGGACAACCAUAGGAGCAAUGUGAAGACCCCGACCAGCAAGUGCGCGGCCACCUACACCGUGAUGGGCGUUCCUCAGAGGAGCUGGCUGAUAUGCCAUCUCUUCCGGCGAGGUUUCUGGGCAGUCAACGGCGACCUGGGGCCCGACGAGUUCAAGACCAAGCUUCCAUUGGAGCCUACCUCGCUCAAGGACUUGUGCGAGCAGAUCCACAGGUGGCUCCAGCAGGAUAGAGUAAACCAUGCGUGCAAGCUGGGGGUGGCACCCCUCGCGCGGUCCUUCAACUCGCUCCAGCGCGCUGCUCGGGACGGGCAUCUCGUGGCGAAGGAUGUCAGAGACUGCUGUGAGUGCCCGGGGGAGACGACGGACCCAGGGGGGGAGGGCGAGGAAGGCGCUGAUGCCAUUUGCGCGGAGGAUGAGAUUGCCCAGAUGGAGCUCGACGAGGAGCAGGCUUUAGCACUGGCGCGCGAUGCGCAUAUCAAGCGGAAGGACGCCCCAGACUUGAUGCAUCUGGCUGGAGGGUUAGGGGAGAAGUUGGACGACUUCACUCUCGUCCACGAUCUGAAGAGGCAAGAAGAUGAGGCGUUGUUGCAGGCUGCCCUGGACUUGGAGAUCGACCCAUGCAUCCCAGCGUCACCCGUUCCUGAUGUCGCCACGAAGAGCCUGAUCGAGGAGUUUAUGAUAUCUUAG